UCCGCAGGCAGGCACCCUACAGCUCUCUGACCACAGCACCAUGGCCUUCCUCUGGCUUCUCUCCUGCUGCGCCCUCCUGAGCACAGCCUUCGGCUGCGGGGUUCCUGCCAUCCACCCCGUGCUGAGUGGCCUGUCCCGGAUCGUCAAUGGGGAGGACGCAGUCCCGGGCUCCUGGCCCUGGCAGGUGUCCCUGCAGGACAGCACUGGCUUCCACUUCUGCGGGGGCUCCCUCAUCAGCGAGGACUGGGUGGUCACUGCCGCCCACUGCGGGGUCAGAACCUCCCACCGGGUCUGGGCUGGGGAGUUUGACCAGGGCUCCGAUGCUGAGGACAUCCAAGUGCUGAAGAUUGCCAAGGUCUUCAAGAACCCCAAGUUCAACAUGUUCACAGUUAACAACGACAUCACCCUGCUGAAGUUGGCCACGCCCGCCCGCUUCUCCCAGACCGUGUCCCCCGUGUGCCUGCCCAAUGAGAGCGACGACUUCCCUGCGGGGACCCUGUGCGCCACCACUGGCUGGGGCCUGACCAAACACACCAAUGCCAACACCCCUGACAGGCUUCAGCAGGCGACCCUGCCCCUCCUGUCCAACACCGAGUGCAAGAAGUUCUGGGGCAACAAGAUCACCAACCUCAUGGUCUGCGCCGGGGCCAGUGGCGUGUCCUCCUGCAUGGGCGACUCUGGGGGUCCCCUGGUCUGCCAGAAGGACGGCUGGACCCUGGUGGGCAUCGUGUCCUGGGGCAGCGGCACCUGUUCCACCUCCACUCCUGGCGUGUACGCCCGCGUCACCGAGCUCAUGCCCUGGGUACGGCAGAUUCUGGAAGCCAACUGAGUCUCCGGCCUCACCCUGCCAUCCCUGCUGACCUGCUCCCACAAAGCCUCAAUAAAUCAAUAAAACACA